AUGCUAUCCGCUUUCACGGCUCGGCCGCUCGUCGAGCUCAAACCGCGAGACAAAUCGAAGAUCGAGUCGGUCCUCGCGUACGGCGAUCGCCUUCUGGUAGGGUUGAACAAUGGCAGCUUGCGGAUAUACAGGAUCAAUGAGCUCUCCAAUGGCGAAGCGGAGAGCGAGGACCAUCAGGUCCAAGGUGCGGAGGGAGAAGGCACAAUGAGAAACGGGGACAGUAACCGGCCUGCGACCAUGGGCUCAGUCACGAACUCAAAGCCCAAGCAGACAGAUUUGCUCCGCGAACUGGAGAAGUUCGCCAGAUACAAGAUUGAGCAGCUGGUGCUGAUCAAGGAGGCGAAGCUGCUAAUUUCGCUUUCUGGUGGAUACGUCUCGAUUCACGACCUGCAGACCUACGAGCUCCAGCAGCAGCUUACGAAAACAAAGGGCGCGACUACGUUUGCUGUGACGUCGAAUAUCGUCCACGAUCCGGAAACGGGCGUUCCCUCGAUCGUCUCGCGCCUCGCUGUUGCCGUCAAGCGAAAGAUACUGCUAUGGACGUGGCGCGAUAUGGAGCUAGAAAAUGAUACGGCGGAGAUGACGCUGGUUAGUGGGAUCAAGACACUCACCUGGGUUUCUGGCGCAAAGCUGGUCGCUGGGUUAAGCUCGAACUUCGUUAUGGUGGAUAUCGAGACCACAACUGUCACCGACCUGGUUGGGCCGGGGAGCAUUGGUGGGCUUCCGGGGCAAGAGACCGGACGUUUGGCUGGUGUUGGAGUUGCUAGCAUGAGCUAUAUAGGAAUCGGCGGCGCAGCCCCGAAACCAAUGGCUACACGACUCAGCGAAGGCCAGGUGUUAUUGGCAAAGGAUAUAAACACUCAGUUCAUUGAUAUUGACGGUAAUUCUUUGAGGCGAAGGCAGAUCCCCUGGAGUCAUGCCCCUGUGGAUAUCGGGUACUCUUAUCCUUUCCUGCUAGCACUUCACGACUCUUCGAAGGGGGUGUUAGAGGUUAGGAAUCCGGAGACGCUGACAUUGCUUCAAUCGGUGCCACUGCCGUCUGCGAGCGUCAUGCAUAUUCCUCAACCUACAAUUAGCUUGACACACGCUGGUAAAGGCUUCCUGGUUGCCAGCGACCGUAUUAUCUGGAGGAUGGAGGCUCUGAGCUAUGAUACACAGAUUGAUACUCUUGUCGAAAAAGGACAUCUCGACGAGGCGAUCAGCCUCGCGAGUAUGCUUGAGGACGCUCUUUUAAGAGAUAAAGCGGGUCGGCUGCGCUCCAUCAAGCUUGAGAAAGCCGAAACUCUGUUUACCCGUCGAAAGUACUUGGAGUCUAUGGAGCUCUUCACAGAAAUAUCAGCUCCUCCGGAGAGUGUGAUACGACUCUAUCCUCGAACCAUAGCCGGCGAACUCUCCACCCUUCCAGAAGAAGCGGAGGAUUCGGAAGACAGUACUAUGGAUGGCCAGCCAAAAGCCGAUGAAACCCAGAAUCAAGAGAAUGCCCGAUCUUCGGAAGAAGCCGCAGCUGCUAGAACUCUUAUUCACACGCCUUCUGUGAGAUCUCUUCUUCGGACGAAAACUGACGACGCCAGCGAUACGGGCAGUAUCCGUAGUAAGCUUGUGGAGGAAUCUCGCGGCGACAAACGCCUUGAAGGCAAGGACCUCAAGCUUGCUGUUCGUGAGCUCCAGGCGUAUCUCGCGGAUGUUCGCCGGCGCUUUCAACGAUUCCUCAAUCCCGAUGGAUCGCUCAAAUUAGAUCCGGCCACCAGCACGGUGAAAGAUGAGUUCGCCGACUCUGUCACGAAGCUGCUUGGCAUUGCUGAGGGCGACCAAGAUUACGACUUCGGCGAGAGGCUUCGGGAGAAAGCGAAGCUUGUCGACACAACUCUUUUCCGGGUAUACAUGUACGCGACUCCAUCCCUUGCGGGCUCCCUUUUCCGUAUCGCCAAUUUCUGCGAUCCGGACGUAGUUAUCGAGAAGCUGGAAGAGACUGGCCGUCAGAACGACCUGAUUGACUUCCUCUACGGCAAGAAACUGCAUCGGCAAGCCUUGGGGCUGCUGAAAAAAUUUGGUCAGGCUGAAGGAGAGGAGGAAACAGCGUCUCAGCUCCAUGGGCCAAAGAGAACAGUGGGCUAUUUACAGAAUUUGUCUCCAGAUCACAUCGAUUUGAUCUUAGAAUUCGCUGAAUGGCCAAUGCGCGAGGAUCCUGACCUGGGCAUGGAGGUUUUCCUUGCAGAUACUGAAAAUGCGGAAACGUUACCACGUCACCAGGUUCUGGAUUUUUUGAAAGAGAUCGAUGUCAAGCUUGCAGUUCGGUAUCUCGAGCACAUCAUCGGAGAACUAAAUGAUAUGACGCCAGACUUGCACCAAAGCCUAUUAGGUCUCUAUCUGGAUCGCCUCGAGAGACACAAAAGCCAGGAACAAGAAUUUGCCAGUGAAGACGAUCAUAUCGAUUUACGAAACAAAUUAUUGGAUAUGUUACGGACGAGUUCCCAGUACUCGCCGGCUAAGAUCCUUGACCGUCUGGAUCGAGAUGAUCCUGAAUUUUUCGAGGCGAGAGCGAUCGUUUUCAGCAAGAUGGGGCAGCAUAGACAAGCGCUGGAGAUUUACGUGUUCAAGCUCGAAGACUAUGUUAAAGCCGAAGAAUACUGCAACCACUUGCAUAAAACCGAAGAUGCGACUAGCACGGAGACUACGGCUACACAGAGUAUAGCUCUUCCAGAUUUCGAAGGAGAGAAAUCAUCCAUAUAUUUGACAUUACUAUCUCUAUAUCUGUCUCCACCGCAUGGGUACAAACCACGAUAUGGACCCGCGCUGGAGGUGCUCGCCAAACAUGGAUCUCGCCUUCCUCCAAACUCGGCUCUGGAGCUGAUCCCGGAGUCCCUCCCGGUCAAGGAGCUCGAGUUUUACUUCAAAGGUCGCAUGCGGGCUGCCAAUUCUAUUAUGAACGAGUCCAGAAUUGUAGCGAGCCUGCAAAAGUGCCAAAAUAUCAAGACCCAAGCCCAGCUGUUGGUUGGCGAAGGAGGUGAUGGCAAAUCAUCCAGGUCGAGACAUGUCACGGUUACCGAAGAGAGAAUCUGUGGAAUUUGCCAUAAACGACUUGGUGGGAGUGUGAUCAACGUUUUCCCCGAGUAA